CGAGGGGGGCGUCGUCAGCGCUCAUGGCCGCACGCUGAAUAGCGAGCAUGAACUGAACUGUGAGUAAGUGCUCAAUAAUAUUCCAGUUUUGGGUCGGUUUCCCGGCGGUGUCAGUGGCUCCAGUCGCUCAGGAUGGGUCCGGAGGAAGACGGCGCGCUGCUCUUCCUCAUCUACCAGCACCUGAAGGUGAACGGCUACAAGAAAGCUGCAAAGGUGCUCGAAAAACACGUUGCUCAGGUGGAGAGCCCAGAGGAGAGCUCCAACCUGCGUGAUAUCUACACAGGCUGGAUGAAGCUGUGCUCUCUAGCUCAGGAUGCCAAACAGGAAACAGAAGAAUCCGCUGCUUUAAAGAAGCAGAGCAUCAAACCAGAACCAACCACCAGCGAAGAAGAAGAGGGUGCAGACAGCAAACCCUCCGACACCACAGAAGAAAAUAAUGUGGAUGCCAAACCUCCACUUGAGUCUAUGACCGACGCUGAGGCCGCCUCUGAGCAGCUGCUGCAGCCGGUCUGUGAAACCAAAGUAACAAACUCAGUAGGUGAGAGCUCCGACACCUCUGACAGCAAGGAGGAAGAAGAAAAGAAAGAGGAGGAAACAAAACCUGAGCAAGAGCUGGCCCCCGCUGAAGUGUCUGCUGAGGCGCCUAACAAGGCAGAAAGCUCCAGCUCCUCGGACUCAGAGGAAGUGCCUGAACCCACCCCGGGCGACUCCAGCCAGGUCGACCCCGGACGAGCCGCCUGUGAUCCGGUCAAGGAGCAGCUCCCGGCGCCGGAUGCAGCCAGCUCGGACAGCGGGAGAAGCGAGGAGCACAAAGUGGAUGACGAUGAGCUGAAGCAGGAGACGGACGCAGCCACGGGCGCCUCUGAGGUUGCCGGGGAAACGUCUGAACAGACAGCUGUCAGUCAAACGGAGGCUACGCCUUCCUCCACUCAAGAGGAAGAAGACGAGGAAGGCAGUGCUGCCGAGAAGCUCAGCCAGGCUGAACCCACCACGCCCGACCUGACUGCUCAGGAGACCAAUGAGCAGCCGGCAGAGAGCGAAGCCACGCCCCCCGCAGACUCUGAAAUUCCAGAGGAGGAAGAGGAGGAGAAAUUAGAGCCUCUCAGAGGACUUUACGGCGGCACUACUGACCCCCCCGUCACUGACACUGGUGACACAGGAGAGGCGACUGAGGCAGCUGCAGAGGAGCAAGUUGACCCAGAGGUCUCCAUCAUCCUCAACAUCGAAGUCGAAGAAGACGGUGAAGCCGCUGAGCAAGAAACCAGCCAACCGCUCCCCGAGGAGGCUGCGGAGUCCUGCGAGGAGGCCCAAACUCCCAAGAAGAAGAAAAAGAAGAGCAAAAAGAACGCGGAGACGCCAACUGCAGACACGCCGAGCACAGACGCUUCCACCAUAGAUACACCCACUGAUACUCCUCUUUCCACCAAGGCUGCAAGGAAGAAAAAGAGAGACAAAAAGAGACCGGAGGAGGAAGAGGAGGAUCAAAAGAAAAAGGAGGAAGAGGAGGAGCAGAAGGAGGACAUUCCUCUGGCCACUUCAUCAGAGAAGAAGAAGAAGGCAAAGAAAAGGAAAAGGGAGAAGGAGGAAGUGGAAGUGGAAGUGGAAGUGGUAGAGGAGGAGAAAGAUGAGGAAACUCCCGUCACUCCUUUGGAAAACAAAAUCAAAAAGAAAAAGACGAAGGUUAAAGAUGUGGAAAAGGAGCAGAGCGAGGCGGCGGGAGCGGAGGAGGAGAAUCUUGUGAGUCCGGCAGAAACAAUGGAGGAGAAAAAAAAGAAGAAAAAGAGGAAAAAGGAGGGUGGACAAGAGAAAGAGGAGGCGCAGUCUGAUGAUAAACCAGCAGGGGGCGAUGAAGACACAGAACUGAAGCAGGAGGCCACAGAUGGAAACUCCUCUCAGCUCUCCUCGGCCAAGAAGAAACGCCUCAGGAAGAAGAAGCUCAGCUUGAAGAAGAGACUGAGACUGCAGAGGCAAGAGGAGAAGAAAAAGAAGAAGAGGAAGAGCAGCAGUGUCACUUCAGGACAGACUGAGACAGCAGCAGAAAGCAAGAAGCUCACAGGCAGAAAAAAACAAAAACAGACCCAAGAGGCAGCCGAGGAGACGCCUCAACCAAAAGCAACCAAAAGACCCGAACCUGGUCCUGCCCAGGAGGACGACACACCAAAGAAGAAGAAGAAAAAGAUGAAAAUGAACGCGGAGCAAGAAGAGAAUUCCUCAAAGGAAAACCAGCCACCAAAGAAGAAAAAGAAGCCGAUAACGGUGAACGAGGAGGCUGAUGGCGAGCAGAGUGCUGAGCUUCCUGAGGUUGAGUCUUCUCCGCUUUCAAAGGAAGGGAAGAAGAAGAAAAAGAAGAAGGCUGGAAAGGAAGAGGAGAUCAAUGUGAGCCCCGAUGUACCUGCAAAGAAAAAGAAGAAGAACAGACUAAAGGAGAAAGUGGAGGAGACAGAAGCUGCUGCAGAGGAACAAACUCCUCUGGCUACUCCUACGAAAAAGAAAUCCAAGAAGAGGAUCCCCUCUGAUUAAACCUGGUGUCGGUGGAGGACGAUUGUAUCUUGGACCUGAACGUCGACUGUCUGCGUAAUGUCUGUGCCUUUUUACUCCUGAGCAAUGAUACGUCCUCUCAGAAACAGGGAGAUAGUUCUGAGGGAACGUCAGCGUUUUAUUGGUUUAUGUUUCACUGUCUUUUGCUCUAAAAACUGUGAAAAACUACUCAAUUUAAACACACCUGCAGUUUGUUUGCAACUUAAGAUCCUCUCAUCAGGUUGGAGUUUUAUUUUUAAAGGCGGAGCGUCUCUGGGGGGAAAUAGGGAAUUGGUAAAUUGAGAAAUUAUUAUGUAGUUGGGUUAGCACAGGACUUUAUAAUAUGAGCUUCCUACUGUCGACCAGUACUGAUAUUUGGUGGAUUAAAAAUUGACUAUUAUACUUUUAGUUUUUUAACAACAAUCUUGAUCUCUUCUGAUUUUUCUUCUUGACCAAGACGCAAACAGGACAUUUUAAUGUAAAAAUGAUCUCAUCUGUGCUCUGUGGUGGUCAAACUAUGCAAUAGAGACACUGUACGUCUGUAUUGUAGUUCUUGGUACUUUAUAUUUUGAUUUAUUGGUGUAGUUCUACCUCUUACUCUUAAACUGGAAGCUCCACCCACUGUAUCAAAUGAGGAUCCUCUUGAGGAUCAAUAUGCAGCGAUAGUUAUUUCUGCAUCCCAUCAAAAGUGCUAGAAACGUUCAUUUAUUCUAAUUCAACAACAGUGAAUGUCCUAAAAUACAGUAAGUUAUCAAUAACAACCUCCACACUUAACUAAAGGUAGAAAUGAGCUGAAAGGGACGAAGCUGUGAAUCUGAAACAUUUCAAAACCAGUCACAUUAGAGCAAUAAAGUCUGAGGGUUUCUGUCGGUAACGUGUUAAUGAACUUUCAUCGUUAAACAUUUUUCUGUGUUUGAGGUAAAAAAAAAUAAAAAAUGUUGUUACUCAGUUUUGUUUUGAGGAAGAAACUCCGUUACAUCUGGUUUUGUUUUCUGUUUUCUUUCAGUUCUGAAGCUGUGAAAUUGUUUUUGUUUACAGAGUUCUGUUGUUUACACACUGUCUUUCUUUACAAUCCAAUGAGCUAUUAACUAUGCAUCUGAUAUGUGUUUGCUGUUCCUGAGGACCAACACGUGUGAGAGAAAAUAAAACUCUGUAACAGCUUUCA